UACUAGCACAAAAGGUUUGCAUCACGCCUGGAGACCCGCCAAUUAGAGUUUUAGGGCUAGGGUUACAUCAUGCCAAUGUAACAGGUCUACACCACACCUAUUCCUGGAUUUCUGGGAGGUGUGAGUCAGGUAUAUGAGUUGAGAAGUGGAUUAGGCACAUCAUUCAGUUGUGUUGCUGUGGUCCACAUAGAUACUUCCACCAGAGCAUACUACAUCAUUGAACUAACAACACAUCAUUGAGAGAUACCAUAAAAUGGCUGCUGUGAGUUGGUCAAAAACAUGUAAAAUCCAAAAGAAUCUGUCUCUGAUCCUGUUGAGUAUUUCUGUCUCUCUGCUCCUGUGGACAACUAGCAGACACUCAAUCUCCUCUCACAGAAGCCCUCUGAUUGCUCUGGACUUGCCUCCCGGCUAUGCUGCCGACCUGCCAGCCUGCUCUGCCAUCAUCCGGGGAGAUGUGGAGGGUCUGGAGAAGGAGCAGCUUAGUCUCCUGCUGAAAUCCAAGAAGAAGAGACAGCUGCUGUCGGAGGGGUUCUAUCAAAAUGUGACUCAGGACUGUCAGAGGUACAUCACAGAUAGAGGGUUUAUCACCGUUCCUGUCAGCCAGGAAGAGAAUAACUUCCCCAUUGCUUUCUCCAUGGUGGUCCAUGAGAAGAUUGAGAUGUUUGAAAGGCUGUUGCGUGCCAUCUACACUCCUCAGAACGUCUACUGUGUUCAUGUGGACCAGAAAACGUCUGAUAACUUCAAGAGUGCAGUAAGUUCUAUCGUGUCCUGUUUGCCCAAUGUGUUUCUGUCCAGUAAGAUGGAGAGUGUGGUCUACGCAUCCUGGUCCAGAGUGCAGGCUGACCUGAACUGUAUGGAGGAUCUGCUGAAGUCACCUGUCCAGUGGAGAUACCUGCUGAACACCUGUGGAACAGACUUCCCCAUUAAGACCAACGCUGAGAUGGUUCAGGCCCUCAAGCUGCUGAAUGGGAAGAACAGCAUGGAGUCAGAGACGACCAAUGACUACAAGAAGGGCAGAUGGCAGUUCCAUCACAACGUCACUGACAGAGUGGUCCGGACGGAGGUUAAGAAAAGCCCGCCACCAAUCAGCACCCCCAUGUUCUCUGGCAAUGCCUACUUUGUGGUGUCCAGGGCCUUUGUCCAUCAUGUGAUGGAGUCUCAGGAGGUCCGGGCACUGCUGGAGUGGGAGAAAGACACUUAUAGUCCAGAUGAACACCUGUGGGCCACUCUGCAACGAAUGCCCUCCGUACCAGGCUCCAACCCACCCAACAGUAAGUAUGAACAGUCAGAUAUGAACGCCAUAGCCAGGUUAGUGAAGUGGUCAUACCUGGCUGGUGAUGUGAGGAGUGGAGCUCCGUACCCUCCCUGUUCUGGGGACUACAGGAGAGCUGUGUGUGUCUAUGGGGCUGGAGACCUACAGUGGCUCCUAAAGCAUCACCACCUCAUUGCUAACAAGUUUGACCCUGAGGUGGAUGAUGUGGCUAUCAGGUGUCUGGAAUCAUACCUGCGCUUCAAAUCAACACACAAAGAAACACUAAGGAAUGUGGAAUCUGUGAGAAUCAGACAAAAAUUAUGAAAUUAUGAUAUAAAGUAUAUUUGAAGGAUGUCUUAAGUUGUUAAAUGCCAUUUCUGGUACUGUAAGAUGGAUGUAAAUAUAGUAAUCAUUUUUAAAACAAAUGUAUUUUAACUUAAUAUUCAAUAUGGUAUAGAGUAAUAAAUUAAAUUACUUAAUUACUUAGUAAUCUGUAAUUUUGUACUGUGCAAUUUUCUAUCUAUUAUUAUUACUUUCAGUUGUGUAUCAAUAUUAUCACUUUCAGUAAUGUAUCAUUAUUAUCGUUAUUAUUACAUUCAGUAAUGUAUCAUUAUUAUCGUUAUUAUAACUUUCAGUAAUGUAUCAUUAUUAUUAUUAUUACUUUCAGUUGUAUAUCAUUAUUACCAUUAUUAUUACUUUCAGUUGUGUAUCAUUAUUAUCAUUUUCAGUAAUGUAUCAUUAUUAUCGUUAUUAUUACUUUCAGUAAUGUGUCAUUAUUAUUGUUAUUAUUACUUUCAGUUGUGUAUCAUUAUUACCGUUAUUAUUACUUUCAGUUGUGAAUCAUUAUUAUCAUUUUCAGUAAUGUAUCAUUAUUAUCGUUAUUAUUACUUUCAGUAAUGUAUCAUUAUUAUCGUUAUUAUUACUUUCAGUUGUGUAUCAUUAUUACUUUCAGUAGUUUAUCAUUAUUGCAGUUUUGUUACUUAUAUUGGCAGGGUUUAAAUUUGUAUAUCAUGCAAUUACUUUUUAAUGUCAGAAGCAAUUAUUAUUUUCUUAAUUAAUUCAUGAAAUUCAAACAAUAUCUUGAGUUAUACUUUUGUUGUUAUAUGGUUGUUUGUUAUUGAAGUAAUUGUAUUUCCUUCAUCUUGGCUUGUUGAUGCUGUAUAUUGGUCAAUUAAAGGUUUUGAAGUCA